ACUUCUUUGAAACUCACAUUCCCGCUUUUAAGUGCCAUACCUGCUUCUCUUUUUUUAUCUCAUUCCAACAACACACUGCUCCUGCUCCUGCUCCUUCUCCUGGAGGAAACAAACCCUAAUUGCAGAAAUGAAGAGGAAUCGGGGAGAUGCAGCAGAGGAAUUCGAUUACGGGGAUGGAGUGUCAUGGGCGAGAGGCCCUUUGAUCGGCAAAGGCAGUUACGGUUGUGUCUUCCUCGCCAAUCCCAGGAAGAAGAUGAAGAACGGCGGCUGCUUCCCCUCCGUCAUGGCUGUCAAAUCAUCGGAGGUUUCUCUCUCUGCUACUCUGCAGAAAGAGAGAGAGACUCUCUGCAAUCUACAGGGUUGUUCCAGCGUUUUACAGUGCUUCGGGGACGAGGAAACCUCCAGUGAAGAUGGGCAGCAGAUGAUCUACAAUUUGCUUCUGGAGUAUGCCCCCGGAGGAACUUUGGGUGCUCUUAUCAAGAAGCACACCGCCGUCGCUGCCCUCAUUCCCGAAUCUGAUGUCAGGGCCUACACUAGGGCUCUUCUUCGCGGCCUUCGUCACAUCCACGCUUGCGGCUAUGUUCAUUGCGAUUUGAAGCCAGACAACGUUUUGCUUUUCCUCCCCAAUUCUGGUUCUGGCAUUGCUAAAUUUGUGCCGAAGAUUGCUGAUUUUGGGCUGGCGAAGCGCACGAGCAAACAGGAUUUUCGCUUCAGAGGGACCCCAUUGUAUAUGUCGCCUGAAGCUGUUGUUGAAGGUAUACAGGGGCCUUCUUCUGAUGUUUGGGCUCUUGGCUGUGUUGUUCUUGAAAUGUUAACAGGAAGGCCACCGUGGGAUGGUGUCGCAUUUUUGGACCGCGAGCGUCUUCUUUCAAGGAUUCGCACUCCAAAUCAAUUGCCAAAAGUUCCGUGUAGCCUAUCCAAAGAAGCCAGGGAUUUCUUGAAAAAAUGUUUUGUGAGGAAGGCUCCGUUCAGAUCCCCCGCUGAAAAACUUUUGAGUCAUCCAUUCGUCGCUGAAUUAGACUGCAAAGAUGACGAAUCAGAAACUAAUAGUUUUGAUGAGGAUGACGAAGAGGAGGACGUCCUAUACCCAGUAAAGAGCUUGUCUGAGACUGAGACUGAGACAGAGACAGAGACAGAUGAUGAGUAUUCUUUGUUUUCCUCCUACGAUCAUAGUUACAAUUCUGAGAAAUUCUUCUCUUCUUCUGUGUCAGAAGAAGUAGUUUUCCCAAUUCUUCCUGGUAAAAAGUAGUUCUCAAGAUAGCUGCAGAGGACUUUUGGCGUGCCUUUGCCAUCAUUUCUGUGGUUUAGAUUUUGAUUUUGACACUGUUCUUCUUCUAUUCUUUUAGAUCAUGUUUGGUUUGCAGAAUGGAAUGGGAUAGGAAAGGAAUUGAAUGAAAAUCUGAAUGGUGAUCAUUACAAAUUCAAGUCAUAAAUUCAAUUCCAUUCCACCCGAUUCCAUUUCACUCCUUUAUUCCAAAAUAUGUAGCCAUCGACUAGUAUCAUUGUUUCAGAUGUAUAAACAUAGUCCAUAUAUGAACUGAUGCAUAAGUUCUUGUAUGCUGUUGGAGUUAUUUUGUUCUGGGUGGUGGUCAAAUCCAUGCUUUUUUGUAAAGAAAGUUGAUGAAUAAGAGAACAAUUUGACUCGUCAUUUUUGCA